UCCUGGAGGGUCGGCGGGCUGCAGAGAGAGAGGAAGGACGAGCUGUGAACAGAGUUAAAACUAAAGAAGAAGAAAGAGAAACUCAGUCCCGGAGAAGAUGAAGCCUCUGAUCCUGAUCCUGAUCCCGGCUCUGGCCCUGCUGAUCACGGUCUGCGUGGCCCGGUCUCCGUACCAGGCGGUCCUACAGCACAGCCGGAUCAGAGGACGGCUGCAGGGGCCGAACGUGUGCGCGAUGCAGCAGAUUAAAGGCACCGACAAGAAAUACUUCACCAACUGCAAACAGUGGUACCAUCGCAAGAUCUGUGGGAAACCCACGGUGAUCACCUACGAGUGCUGUCCCGGCUAUGAGAAGGUUCCUGGAGAGAAAGGCUGUCCUGCUGCGCUGCCUCUGGUCAACAUCUACAACACUCUUGGCGUGGUCGGAGCCUCCACCACGCAGAUGUACUCAGAACGAGCAAAACUGAAGGACGAAAUUGAAGGGCCGGGGAGCUUCACGUUCUUCGCCCCCAGUAAUGAGGCCUGGGCUGCCCUGCCGACCGAGAUCCUGGAUGCUCUGGUCAGCAACGUGAACAUCGAGCUGCUCAAUGCUCUUCAUUACCACAUGGUAAACCGGCGCCUGACCUCCGAGGAGCUCAGACACGGGUCAUCCUUCGCCUCCAUGUACCAGGAUUUCCACGUCCACAUCCACCACUACUCCAAUGGAAUUGUGACGGUGAACUGUGCCCGUCUCAUCAAACCUGACCAACACGCCACCAACGGCAUCGUACAUGUGGUUGACCGUGUCAUCACUGCCAUCUCCAACAACGUGAACACGCUCUUGGACAUCGACGAUGACCUGGAGACGCUGAGAACGGCGAUGGCAGCCGCAGGACUGACCGCCCUGUUGGAGAACGAGGGUCAGUACACCAUCUUCGCUCCGACCAAUGAGGCCUUUGAGAAGAUCCCUAAGGAGACCCUGAACAGGAUCCUGGGAGACCCUGUAGCUCUGAGAGAUCUGCUCAACUACCACAUCCUGAGGACCAUGCACUGUGCCGAGUCCAUCGUGUCAGGGACUCCAAUGGAGACGCUGCAGGGGACCACACUGGAGGUCGGCUGUGACGGCGACCAGAUGACCCUGAACGGAAGGGCCAUCAUCACCAAGAGGGACCAGCUGGGAACCAACGGGGUGGUCCACUACAUCAACGAGCUGCUGAUCCCAGACUCAGCUAAAGUUCUCCUGGAGCUGGCUGAAGGAUCCUCUCUUGCCACAGCAGCCAGGCUGUUUGUGGAGGCGGGCCUGACCCCCCACCUGACGGGCUCCGAGGCUCUGACCCUGAUGGCUCCUCUGGAUGAAGCCUUUAAAGGAAGCCUGUCCAUGACCCCUGACCUGAGGAAGCUGAUGACCAAUCACAUCCUGAAGGAGCAGCUGUCGUCUAACUCUCUGUACCACGGUCAGGAGCUGGAGACGCUCGGAGGACUCCGACUCCGAGUGUUUGUCUACAGAAAUAACAUCUGCAUCGAGAACGCCUGCAUCGCUGCCCAUGAUAAGACAGGACGAUAUGCCACCAUGUUCACUGUGGACAAAGUGCUGACUCCACCGAUGGGGACGGUGAUGGACGUGCUGAAGGCUGACGAUCGCUUCAGCCUCUUGGUCGGAGCCAUCCAGACCGCAGGGAUGACCGAGCUCCUGAACCAGCAGGGGGCGCUCACCUUCUUUGCUCCCACUAACGAUGCCUUCAGUGCCAUGCCUCCACCUGAGCUCAACAAGCUGAUGCGUAACCGUGCGGAGCUGUCCUCCUUGCUCAGGUAUCACCUGGGGGAGGGCAUGCUGGUCAGUGGGGGGGUCAGCUCUCAUACCAGACUGAAGCCUCUGCAGGGAGAAAGGCUGGAGCUGGGCAUGAGGAACUACACUGUCUACAUCAACAGGAUCCCCGUGGCUGAAGCUGACCUGAUGGCCACCAAUGGAGUUGUCCAUGCCAUCAACAGCAUCGUCAGACCUCUGCCUCCUAAGGUGGAGCGAGAACAGGCCGAUGGACCUGCAGCUCCACUCUGGACAGCGGCUUUAACCAGGCAGGCCAACUCCAGGGGCUUCAGGAAUGAUGAUCUUUUCCAGAAGGUGGUCCGGAGUCAUUCCAGAGGGACAAUGAGCAAAAGUCAGUGAAACUACAGAGAAAGAAGAAGAAGACGUGGAACGGAACAUCCGAGGAACCAAAGAACACAUGUUCUCAUCACAAGAGUCAAACAUUCCAGAUAGAAGAGGAAAAAUCCCCUGAAGUCCUCCAACACUGUCAACUGUGAGCUGAGAUUAGAGGAAUGUUUCAAUCAGGAACUUUAGAUAAAAACAGCAGAGAUUCAAGGAGGGAACAAAAAAAAAACCACACUCAUUAGUAUUAGUGCGUUAACGGUGCAUUUCAGUCAUUCAGAGACCAAGCUGAUGACACUGAGUGUUCUAACAACCAGUCUGAUAUCAAAACUCUGAUUCUAAUCACAGACCAUCCAUCAUCUCUUUAUUAGCUACAUGCUAACAGGCUAGCUGUGCCUCUUUCACUGCUUUUCUCCCUCAUGUUUCAUAAACUAUUAAAGGACAGACUGAUCCACUAUUUACACAAAAAAUCUAGUGGGUACUGUUAGACUGGGAUGAAAACUGGGGUCCUAGACAGGCCUGUAUGUGAAAGGCAGAGGAUGGAAUGUUAGUUGGGGGUUUUCUCCCUCCAUUUUUGCAGAAAGAUGAGGAAUAGUUGGAAAAAGGCAAGACUGGAAUGUUUUAUAAGCUUUGAUGACAUCAUUUUAGAGGAUGAUGUCAUCAAAGGCAGAGGAUGGAAUGUUUGUGAAGCUGGGGAUGUUGGGCACUUUUUCCCUCCAUUUUUGCCAAAGUACGAUGGCAGUUGGUGGACAUGGCGAGGAGGGAGGAUGAUUUUUAUUUAUGUCCGCCUUUUAUGGACAUAAAUAAAACUAUGAUUCUAGUUUACUAGCAGGAAACAGCUGAUCACGUCUGUUAAAGGGGCGGUCUAUAAUGAGAGCCAGUACGUGUAGUAUCAGCAGGACCAGUCCAGUUCAGAUGAAGACUCCAGACCCCAUCUGAGUCAGGCUGAUAUCAGACCGUGUUGAAAUGCGUUUGAUUUCUGAAUGACUGAAUGUUAAAUAAACGUCCCCUCAGUGUAACUUUUAGCCCUCCGUUUUGUCUGUCAGGCUCAGUCAGUGUGAGCGUGAGUGAAAUGCACCCUUAUCAUCAUCAUCAUCAUCAUCAUCAUUAUCAUAUAAAGUUUGUUAAAGCCGUAUUCACGUUUCUAUAAAACACAUCUAGGCGUGUUUCACAUUUUAACUGCAGGAAAAUAAAAUCCAUGUAUGAGUUUUGACUGCUUUUACAUUUUUAUAGCAUCUUUGAGUCUGUUGAAAUGCAUUCUGGGAAGUGUAGUUUGCUCACCAGUGUGGGAGGAUGUGAGGAGGAUUUUUCAGCUUGUGGAGUAAAAAGAAAAAAUCCCAUUUUUAUAAAUACUUUUGUAUGUUUUUACUGUAAAAAUCAUCUAGAUCUGACCUGCAGUUGUGUAAAGUGUGUGUUUGUGUUGUUGUGUACUCUGUUUGUGUGUCCCUGCAGCAUGUCGCAGGCCUGAGCUCCAAAAUAAAACCUGAGUGGAGAUUUUUGAGGAUUUUUGUAAAAAAUAAAGCUGAGCAUUAGCUCUGAAACCACCA